GCACUCGUUCCGGGCCGGAAGUAGUGCUGACUUGGUCCACGUGAGCGGCAGCAUGGCCGCCCACCGCUCAGGUCCGCUCAAGCAACAGAAUAAAGCUCAUAAAGGCGGACGGCACCGAGGUCGGGGAUCCGCGCAGCGGGACGGCAAGGGCCGUCUAGCACUGAAAAGCCUAAGCAAGAAGGUGAGAAAGGAGCUCAGCAGAGUAGACCAGAGGCAUCGCGCCAGCCAGCUUCGGAAGCAGAAGAAAGAGGCGGUUCUGGCAGAGAAGAGACAGCUGGGCAGUAAAGAUGGCCCUCCUCAUCAGGUACUGGUGGUGCCCCUGCACGACAGGAUUUCUCUGCCAGAGGCCUUUCGGCUGCUUCAGGAUAGGGACACUGGAACAGUACACUUGAAUGAAUGGGGAAGGACCCACAGCUUUAUGCUGCUAUGCCCCAGCUUGAAACAUCGGUGGUUUUUCACAUCUGCAAGGCCAGGAGAUCUGCACACGGUGCUAGACUUGGCUAAAGUGGCUGAUAGCAUCCUGUUCCUCCUUGAUCCACUAGAAGGCUGGGACAGCACCGGGGAUUACUGCCUUUCCUGCCUCUUUGCUCAGGGCCUUCCCACCUAUACACUAGCUGUCCAGGGGAUUUCUGGCCUCCCACCGAAGAAACAAAUAGAUGCCAGAAAGAAGCUAAGUAAAGUAGUGGAGAAGCGCUUUCCUGAUGACAAGCUCCUUUUGUUAGACACGCAACAGGAGGCAGGGAUGCUUCUCCGGCAGUUGGCUAACCAGAAGCAGCGGCAUCUUGCCUUUCGAGAUCGGCGGGCCUAUCUUUUUGCUCAUGAUGCUGACUUUGUGCCUAAUGAAGAGAAUAACCUGGUGGGGACCUUGAAAAUUUCAGGCUAUGUUCGUGGACAGACUCUGAAUGUAAAUAGCUUGUUGCAUAUCAUUGGACAUGGUGACUUCCAGAUGAAACAGAUAGAUGCUCCUGUGGAUCCUUUUCCUUUAAACCCUAGAGUGAUCAAAUCCCAAAAGGACUCAGGCAUGGCGAUGGAGAUAUGUGCUGCAGAUGCUGUAACUGACAUGGAGGAAGACCUUAAGGUCCUAAUGAAGGCAGACCCUGAUAGACAAGAGUCUUUGCAAACAGAGGUUAUACCUGAUCCAAUGGAGGGGGAGCAAACCUGGCCCACUGAGGAGGAACUGAGUGAGGCAAAUGACUUUUUGAAGGAAAGUUCCAAGGUGGUAAAGAAGGUUCCUAAAGGAACAUCCAGCUACCAAGCUGAAUGGAUUUUGGAUGAGGAUGGCGGAAGUGGUGGGGAAGAUGAUGAAUAUGAUGAUGUAGAACAUGAGGAUUUUAUGGAAGAGGAAUCUCAGGAUGAGAGUAGUGAAGAGGAAGAAGAGGAAGAAUGUGAAACUAUGACUAUUGGAGAGUCUGUGCGUGAUGAUCUAUAUGAUGAGAAAGUGGAUGAAGAGGCUGAGGAAAAAAUGCUAGAAAAAUAUAAACAAGAAAGACUGGAAGAGAUGUUUCCAGAUGAAGUAGAUACGCCCCGUGAUGUGGCUGCUAGAAUUCGAUUUCAGAAAUACAGAGGCCUCAAGAGCUUCCGGACAUCUCCAUGGGAUCCUAAGGAAAAUCUUCCUCAAGAUUAUGCUCGGAUCUUUCAGUUUCAGAACUUUACCAAUACCAGGAAACGCAUCUUUAAAGAAAUCAAGGAAAAAGACGUUGAAGGAGCUGAGGUUGGCUGGUACGUCACACUUCAUGUCUCUGAAGUACCUGUCUCUGUGGUUGAGUAUUUCAAGCGCGGGGCACCCUUGGCUGUGUUUUCUUUACUGCCUCAUGAACAGAAGAUGUCAGUACUGAAUAUGGUGGUAAGCCGGCAUCCUGGCAACACUGAACCUGUGAAAGCUAAAGAGGAGCUGAUCUUCCACUGUGGGUUCAGGCGCUUCCGAGCCUCACCUUUAUUUUCUCAGCACACUGCGGCGGAUAAACAUAAAUUUCAGAGAUUCUUGACUGCUGACAUGGCCCUGGUGGUGACAGUAUAUGCCCCAAUCACUUUUCCUCCUGCAUCUGUGCUGCUUUUCAAACAGAAUAGCAAUGGAAUGCACAGCCUCGUUGCUACCGGCCAUCUCUUGUCAGUGGAUCCAGACAGGAUGGUCAUCAAGAGAGUUGUUCUGAGUGGUCAUCCUUUCAAAAUUUUUACUAAGAUGGCAGUAGUACGUUACAUGUUCUUCAGCAGAGAGGACGUGCUGUGGUUUAAACCGGUGGAACUGAGAACAAAGUGGGGCCGCAGGGGACAUAUCAAGGAGCCUUUAGGUACUCAUGGCCAUAUGAAGUGCAGUUUUGAUGGGAAGCUAAAAUCUCAGGACACAGUACUGAUGAACCUCUAUAAACGAGUUUUCCCCAAAUGGACUUAUGAUCCAUAUGUACCAGAACCAGUACCUUGGGUGAAAAGUGAGAUUUCAACAGUGCCAGAAAUGGACAUGAAGUAAUGGAUACAAUGGGAUUCUGUCUCCUUGCUACUAGCUUAGCACCCUAGGGAUGGGAACCUACAGGUUGUGAUUGGGCAAAGUUUGUGUUACCUAUUUUAGCCUGCAAGCCUGCUGUCCCUUUUUGCAAAAGAUUUUUCUUAGCCUUGACAAGGUGUCUCAAUUAAGUGGAUGUUUUUUCUAUUGCUACUUUAUCAAAAAAAAAACACACAACCUUAAAUCUUACUGAUAUAUCUACCCUCCAUUAGGAUGUUGAAAGCUGUUUAAGUAGGUAAGAAGUGGGAAGUUAACAUUGACUAAGAAACAAAAUUUCCAAGUGUCUAGGAAAACUGAAUCACAUUUCUUCCUUAUGCAUAAAUUAAACAGAAACAGAUUGAUAAGGGGCUGGCCUUUCAGCCUGCUUCAUCCAAGUUAUGGAAGUUAAAUCUACAUUUCCACCACUGAGCACAAUACAGAUGUUCUUUACUUCUGGGGAAAUUGUUUGAAAAUGCUGAGACAGAACAGCAGCCACUCCAACAGCAGCUGUAGGUUCAAUAAGCAGUUUCAUCCUCUCCCAUACCAGCUGGGUUGCAUACUGUUGGUAGAGAGGGAGUAAGAAUUAGUGAAACGGGAGAAGGAAAGCCUAGUUGGUGGGCCUUUACACUUAAAAGCUAAAUGUUAUAUAUACAUAUGCUUGCCAAUGAAGAGCUAGUCUUUUUUUUUUUUUUCAUUCUAACUCUGCUGAUGAGGGUUGUCCCAAUACCUAGAGCACCCUCCCACAUCAUGAGUCACCAAGUCAAAUCCCCAGUGGAUGAGUUGCUACCUACAAGAGAAGUAUCUUUUGCUUAAAAAGUUGCUCCAUUCUUUGGUUUUCUUUCCUGUUGGAGCCUCACCUUAAUUUCAUCCUCUGUGACAGUGAAGACAUCAUCCACAAGGUCCCUUAUAACAGGCCAGGUGUUUAGGCCAAUGCUGGAUUUGACACCAUCUGCUAUGGUUUCUGGAGGACAGGGAUUGGGGGUCAGUUCCCCUUUCAGUUUGGACUUGUAGCAGUCAUCUGCAUUCAAGGGUUCAGCAGCAUAUACCUUCACAGUAGGUCUCAAAGCCUGGGAAGAGGAAUAGUAGACACCUUACCACUAGCCACUGCCUGCAUGCCUGCAGUAAAAUAGGCAGUACAGGUAACACCUUUCUGACCAAGUAAGAGCCUUCUCUGAUAGGUGUAAUGAAAAUAUGACCUUAAAGCACUUUAAAUUGUAUGCCUAAUACUGGCCUUCAGUUGCCUAGAUCACAUCUGGUUCUAUUGGUAACUUGAGGAAACAGUAGCCCCUGACUUGGAUAGUAGGUUGGUGAGAUGGAAUUCAGGGAAAGGACUGUGAUAGGGUGCCACUCACUGUAAUUGCUUUUGUGCUGUAAAGUCAUAAAUUAAGGAAAGGGUGGUGAGGCAGAGAAGGGCCUUUCAUCUCAUUUGCUAAGAAAUGAGAAUGGCAGUUUAGGGGGAAUGUUGAGCAAGUACCACAAUGUACUAUGAUGUGAAAUAAAAUCCUCUAUGUCUAAA